AUGAACCCUGCCCUUCGCCCGAGAAAUAUCUUGACUGGCCACAGUAUUUCUGCUGUAUCUACUCUCAUAGAUCCCAUGUCAAAAAGAUAUCUGGACAAUGGGUUCUCAACUAUCACUAUCCCACCUUUACCUUUACUACUGAACAUAUUCACCAAGCAGUGUUCCUGUUCAUGGAUUGCAGCAAGCCAUCGUAAGCGAGUCUAUGGUCAUCCCAUUGUAAAUCUCUCGACAAGACGUAGUAAUAAUAGUAAAAUGUGA